AUGGCAGACGACAAGCCUACCGAAUACGUCACCCUCGUCUCAAACGACGGCUUCGAGUUCAAGAUCCUCCGCUCGGCAGCAUGCAUAGCAGGAACGAUCAAGAAAGCACUGGAUCCACUUUCUGGCUUCCGGGAAAACGCACAGAAUCGCGUUGACUUGCCUACGAUCAAGUACGUCUACUCAGACCAUGCCUUCCUCGCAUUCUCGCUCCAGAAGGUCUGCGAGUACCUCUACUACAACCAGAAGCACGCGGAAAGUAAAGACGUGUCGGAUAUGGAUAUCCCGCCUGAGCUUUGUUUAGAGUUGUUGAUUGCGGCGGAUUAUCUUGAUGGUAUGUCUGCAGAUUUUGAAAUGUGA